AGUUGAGUUUGACUCUGUCAUCAUCCACUGAUAUAUGGGAGUUCACUCUCAACGGCUUCGGGGUGUGCGUCUGCAGCUGCUCGAUUUCAAGACUGAUGCUGUGCAAAUUGGAAAACUGUCAAUUUUGGGUGCCGACAAAUGUGGGAGUAAAAAGUGGCAGUCGAUGCUCUCAACACUCCGUCGAGAGGCUGCUGAAGAUCAGCGGGUUGUCGUUACGUUUGAACAGAGCGCUCGGACGAAGACAAUAGCGGGCUUUCUAUGGUUCUCGUUGAACUCCUCUACAGAGGCUAUAAUUAGAGACACUUGGGUAUCCCCUCGAAAACGACGACAAGGAGUUGCGUCUGAUAUGGUUGUUCAUUUGGUAGUCUUCCUAGUGGGCUCUCCUGCACUCCUCCGACGGAGACGACGUAGUUGUGCGGGGACUGUGGCAAAGGCGCCGCCAACUUGGGAGAAGCUGUCGUUGGAGAAAUUAGUAGCCUACCCACUGCAGGGCUCGUCGACCUUUUGGGCUUCUCUUGGUUUCACGCGGGAUCCGACACUGCCGGGUUGCCUUAAGCUGGAUCGGGAGGAUCUGAUACGAUUGAUACAAACUCGAGCCUGAGGCCUGAUAAGUCGCGCGCCACGAAAUUGACGAAGUUGCUGAUGGCUUUGAUAUACCAAGAUGGAGGAUUCAUGUAUAUUUACGAGCAGAUAUCAUCACCUGACUUUAUUGC